GUUGUCAAGUCCAGGCAAUAUCCUAUAUCUGCCAGUGCUUAGUCCAAUAAAUAUAUUGGACAGGUACAAUUUUAGAUACCAGAAGUUAAGUAAGGUUCUGUGACUGGCUGCCACAUAUUCUUUUCUUUGUACAAUCGUAUCUACCUGCACAGACAGUCAAGCAAUCAACAGCAAAGAUGCUGCAUCUUUCAGGGACAAAGAAGUACUGCUUAUAGUAUAGUUUGGCCAGCCACAGUUUCUCCAGCUCACCCAGUUCCCAAGCACAUAAAGAAGCCAGACUAUGUGACGACAGGCAUUGUACCAGACUGGGGAGACGACAUAGAAAUUAAAAAUGAAGAUCAGAUUCAAGGGCUUCGUCAGGCUUGUCAAUUGGCCCGUCAUGUCCUGCUUCUGGCUGGAAAGAGCUUGAAGGUUGGCAUGACAACUGAAGAAAUAGAUUCCAUUGUUCAUCAUGAAAUAAUCAGACAGAAUGCCUAUCCGUCACCUCUGGGCUAUGGAGGGUUUCCAAAAUCUGUUUGUACUUCUGUAAACAACGUGGUAUGUCAUGGUAUUCCUGACAGUCGACCUCUUCAGGAUGGAGAUAUUAUCAACAUUGAUGUCACGGUGUAUUACAAUGGCUACCAUGGUGACACUUCUGAAACCUUUUUGGUGGGCAAUGUGGAUAAAUCUGGUGAAAAGUUAGUGGAGGUUGCCAGAAAAUGUAGAGAUGAAGCAAUUGCAGCUUGCAGACCAGGGGCUUCCUUCUCUGUAAUUGGAAACACAAUCAGCUCCGUGGCACUACAGGGUGGUUUCCAGGUCUGCCCAUUCUUCGUCGGCCACGGCAUCGGGUCGUACUUUCAUGGGCACCCCGAGGUGUGGCACCACGCCAAUGACAGAGAUUUGCUAAUGGAAGAGGGAAUGGCGUUCACAAUAGAGCCAAUAAUAAUGGAAGGAUCCCCCGAAUUUAAGAUUCUGAAGGAUAAAUGGACUGCAAUUUCUGUAGACAAUAAAAGAUCAGCACAGUUUGAACAUACCAUUGUGAUUACCUCAGAAGGAGCAGAAAUACUAUCUAAACUGGUGGAAGAAGCCUAAAGAUGGAGCAAGGAGUGGAGGGACUCACUGUGCUUCUGGGAUUUCCAGUUUCACUUAGAAGAGAGGAGGAUUUCUGUAGGUUCUGUGAAGAAUGGGUGCUGCAAAACUCACAGCAGAGGACAGAAAAAGCAGCUGGAGAGGUUGGCUCUGGACAUAGACCUUUCCGUGUGUUAGCUGAUGAGGAUUUAAUAAAGUCCCUUGGCUUGUUUGUGACCCUGGAAGCAGCCAUGCACAGCCUGUGAGUGUGAAGGGUUUGGGUUAUUUGGGGUGAGGGGCAGAGAGCGGGUCCCCUCUCUUCCAAAUCCUGUGUGGGACAAACACGGAUCAGAUGACACGGUCUCUGUGCAGCUGAGAGGACAGGGGAACGUAGGAUUUUCCCUUUAUAGCUAAGAUAUGGAGUCAAUUUGUCUACACAGAGAUUGGCACAGUGUUGUUUCCCAGGCUGUAACUUCUGGGGUGGAAAAAAGUUCCCAAGGGUGGCAGGAGAAGCAGCCACCUCUUCUCCCACAGCCUUCCCAACAGCAGCCCCCUCCCCUCCUUCCUGCCUUGGCUAAUUUCUCUUUGCACAGCACAAAGAAAAAAGUGAUUAAAAAUGAGAUGCGAAGCGUGCCUCUCUGGAGAUCAAUAAUUGACCUGCUUGAAGAAUUAGCCGGUUUGGGGUAAUCAC